AAGGACUGCAGGGGCUUGUCUUCUGUCCAUCCAUGUCCACAGAAGCUCGUGACUCUGUUGCUCUCCUCUUCCUCCUCAGUCCUCACGUCGACCCUCUCCCUCCUGAACAGCUCGUUGCUCAUUGAUCACAGCCUACCUGGCAGGUGUGUUCGCUGUGCUGUGGUGGGAAACGGGGGCAUUCUCAGAGGUUCGCGACAGGGGAAGAACAUUGACAGCCAUGACUUCAUCUUCAGGAUGAACGGAGUAGUGAUAAAAGGGUUUGAGGAAGAUGUGGGGACAAAGAUCUCCUUCUACGGUUUAACCGCCAACACCUUAAAGAACUCCCUGAGCAGGUACUGGUCUGACGGCUUCACCAAAGUCCCCCAGAGUCCAGAGAUCAAGUACAUCUUCAUUCCAUCAAACCUCAGAGAUUAUGUGAUGAUGGAGGCUGCUAUUCAGGGCAGGACCAUCCACAUAGGCAGCGACGAGGGAGACAGCCCCAACAACUACUUUGGCCACAAACCUGCUGAAAACUUCAAGAUGCUCCACCCGGAGUUUAUUUCCUACGUCACACACAGCUUUCUCUCAUCCCACCUGAUGACCAACAUCACGACCUCUGACCUCUACAUGCUGAGCACCGGAGCUCUGAUGCUGCUGACUGCAUUACACACCUGUGACCAAGUUUCUGCUUACGGAUUCAUCACCAGGAACCAUGCUGCAUUCUCUGAUCAUUACUACGACUCUGAAAUGAGGCCUUUGAGGUUCUUCGCCAACCACGAUCUGCAGAUGGAGGGCCACCUGUGGGAGGCACUGCACCUCCGGAGGAUCCUCAGGUUGUACCAGAGGGGAGGAGAUAGCUGAUGGAGGCGGGGGAGAGGACAGAACUAAACGACGAGGGUCUGAAACCACUUAUUUAUUCUCUGUGAAUCCAUCUUUCCAAACUCUUCCCGAGCAGCUUGAGAGCUUCUAGAUAAACACGUCAAAAAAAAUGUUAGGAACGCAAACCAUCCAGGGUUUGAUGAUUGAACAUUUAAAUUGUUUACUAAAGACAAAUGAAAAGGUGUCAAAUUUAAGACCAGGAAACAAGUCUGAUCCAUCCGUCCAUCCAUCCGUCCGUCCAUCCAUCCAUCCAUCCAUCCAUCCAUCCAUCCAUCCAUCUUUACUUAUUGGGUAAUGAAGGCAGCAGGUCCAGAUGGAAAGAGAUGUCAUACCCAUGAGGUCACCCUAUAGGUCCUCCCUGGCUUCCCAAGUGGUCUCCAGCUGGUGAGACCUCCAGAGGGAGCAGACCAGGAGUCACUCUAAUCGGAACGAUCUCAUCUGACUCGUUUCAGUCAGGAGGAUCAGCAGCUCUACUCUGUUCUCCCCAGAUGAUGGAGCCAACAUCAUUGCAGAUGAAAUCCUAAUCCAUCAUUCUGCCUCUCCUCCAGCCUGCCUUCACUCAGGAACAGAACACCAGAACUCCUCCACUGGAGGCGGAAACUCCCUCCCGGCCUGGAGGGAGAAAUAAAUCUUCUGAUGGAGAACCAGGACCUUAGACUGGAUUAUCUUUUAUUAUAGUUGUUCAAACACCUCAUGCUGCAUACACAUUUGUUUUUAUUCAUUUUGUAUUUUAAACUUAGUUUUGAAAUUGUGACUAAAUUUAGUGUUUCUUUACAAAUAUUUUAAUGUAGUAGAAGGUGAGCUGUUCAGGGUUUAGUUCAGAUUUAUUUCACGUUUUAUCUCAGCGUCAUCAUUUAACGUGUCCAGUAAAACCAGUUUCAGCUGUUCCCACUUCGUAAUAUCUCUGUUCCUUCUCCAACAUUCUGAUGAUGAGGAUUAGUGAUGAAGAGUUCCCAUCCUUUCUGCAGUUUGAAAACAUUCAGCAGAACCGAGCAGAACCAGGCGUAAGGAACCUAAAACUAGCGUGUAUUAAAUCUGUAAAGGAAACGCUCACACAUACAGUUUGACUUGUAAAAUUAAGUUUUAUCAACAAAAAGGCUUUGAAGGAGCUCCUCUCCCAGGGUGAAUGUGGGUCACUGCAGUUUCAUAAAGAUUCUGCAGAAAAGGCUGAACACAGCAGGAAAAAGAUGGCUCGAAACUCCAAAAUAAAAGUCUGGUCAUUAACGAUAAAUAUGGCUUCUGGUAUGUGUCGAUCUGGAAAAGAGUCAAGCUUUAAUUUGUUCAUCAAGAGCUCAAAAGGAUUUGUCUCGAUCAUGUACAUUUAGGAAACAAUGUAGUACUAAAAUGUUAAAGUCCUACUAAACUUUAUUUUAAAAUAAAUGUUCUUAAAGCUGCUAAAGGAAAUUAUAGUUUAUUUUUGCAUUCAUGAACAGUUAUACUGUAUUUCCAAAGCUUAAAGAUAUGAGAAUUCUUCCUGCUGAAGGAAGUUGAAGAAGCUGUUUGUACCAGAAAUGAAAAGCAAUCCCCUCAAGUUUAUUCUUUUUAUUCGGUCGACUGAUCAAUGUAACACUUCUAUUUUACAGAAAUUGUACAUUUUUUCCUCAAAAACCGUUAAACUGAGCCUGAGAUCUGUGGACUCAGUGGUCUUCUUUACAAAGCAGCUGAAAACUCACAUGUUCAGGCUGGCUUCUGUGUGCCCUUCAUCACCACCCUCUCCUUAUUCUGCUCUUUCUAACAAUUACAACUUUCCCUGGAUCCACUGAUUUCCCUCUCUUAUUCAUCUUCUUUCUCCCAUUCUUUACAUUUUUAAUCACAUUUUUUUUCCUAAUUAAAAAAUCUUUUUAAUUGUUCUUGUGAA